AAUACAAAUCUCAGAGAGGCAUCGGCGGCUGCUCGUUCUCCGGUUUUAGAAGGAAUGGCUCACUUAAACUGUGCGGUUCUGCCACGUUUUCUAGCGGCUCUUCUCCUGUUGUUAUCCUGGAUAUUUGGGCUGUCGCUCGGUACGGAGCUGAGCUUUGUGACCUGCGGCUCAGUCAUUAAACUGUUGAAUAUAAAACACAAUGUGAGACUUCACUCUCACGACGUACGCUAUGGCUCCGGUAGCGGACAGCAGUCUGUAACAGGAGUUGCUGCAGUGGAAGACAGUAACAGCUACUGGAGUGUUCGUGGGACAAGUGACGCUUUGUGCCAUCGAGGUACUCCGGUCAAGUGUGGUCAGACAAUUCGCCUCACUCAUGUCAACACAGGCCGCAACCUGCACAGCCACUACUUCGCCUCCCCGCUGUCCUCUAACCAGGAGGUGAGUGCGUUUGGCGAGGAAGGGGAAGGAGACCACCUCGACGAGUGGACAGUUCAGUGUGGAGGAUCUGUAUGGAAGCGUGAGGAAGCUGUCCGCUUUCGUCAUAAGGCCACCGACGCACUACUAUCAGUGACGGGGGAGCAGUAUGGACGGCCGAUUCACGGUCAGACAGAAGUUCACGCCAUGUCAAGCCCCAGCCAGCACAGCCUGUGGAAGGCCAUGGAGGGCAUCUUCAUGAAGCCUAGUGAGAGUCCACCAGGCAGCCGAGACUACAGCCACCCACACACAGAGUUCUGAACUUCACUCUCUUUCUCUGCUUCUGUCUCUUCCCAUUUUCCUCCCUGUCUACCUCUGUCUCUAAUUAUAUCUGUACCAGCAGCCGCCUUCCCUCCCCCGAAGAUAUUUUGUCUGUUGACAUUCAAAUGGAGACACUACUUGAAUCCUUAACAAUCCAGCAGCUACACUCAGAGAGCCAACAGUGUGUGAAAAGGAUUAGAAUUUGCCUUAACAGGUACAAGAAGACAGAGAGGUAUUAAAAAUGCUGUUUUACUGUAUAAAAACUAAUCUUUGGUUGCAGUUUGUGACACUUUAUGUCCAACAAGAGGUGUUUCUCUCAGCUGUUAUUUAUUUUCACACUAAAACUACAAAAGGCGGUGUUUUGCAGAUCAGUACAUUUAAGUCACCAAGUGAGUUUUGUGUUUAGUUGGACUAAAAAGACAUGGUUACACUCGUGCCUUUCUCCUCUUUUAAAAAGUUGUGGGUGUUUACAUAGUGGAGCCUUUUAAACUUUUGGAAACGUGAAUUUGAUUAUGUUUUUAUGGUAUUUGUAAGCCAUCUACUACGCAAACAAAGCAUAAGCAGUGUUACUAUAGAUUUUUUCUUUCCUUUAGGUGAGUUUCAGUGUUUCACAUAAAUUAUCCCGCACUAAUUGACAUGAGAGAAUAAGCAGCUUUGUUUGUGGAGGUGUGUGUGUGUGUUUUUAUGUACAUCAUUGAACUAAAUUCUGUUUAUUGUCCGAUCAUUUCAAAGUGCUGGGAGAAAGUACAGUGUUUUACAUUCAUGCUGUCUGUGCAUAAAAAUGUGUUCGAGGUUCAUAUGAACAAAUCUGCAAUGAAUACCUCAUAUUAAAGAGUUUUUUUAAUGCAUACAA